AUGGGGCAGGAGCAUUCAAAGGCGUCUACCAACGAGGUCGGAUCUUCCUUAGCUUCUGGAGGCGACACACCUGACUCCAAAAAGUCAAAGCGAUUCAGCAAGGCAUCAUCAUCCUCACUGAAAACGCCAAUCUCGGAACGCCCGACACACACAAGGCUUGGGAGCUUGGAACUAGACUCUGAGCAGGCUCUCGCCAUACAGGCAGUCACUAGUCAGAGAUCAUCUGACGAAAUAUCUGCAAACGGAUCGGUUGCAACCACAAACAAUACGACAAAUCCGACGCCUCGUUUCCUACUCGGCCAUAGACGUUCGCAUAGCUCCAAUACCACACAUAAAGUCGCCCCCGAGUCACAGACUGCCUCUGACAAGGAAAACAGUCUUGCUCGACCACCAACAUCAACAGAAGUAGAACAGGCACCAACGUCCAAUUCACUAGCAACAUCACCCAUACUACCUGGUAAUCUCGAAAAUAGCAGUAGCCUCAGUAGCAUCGGUAGUAUCCCACUGAACGAUAUCUCAGCAAUCCCAGCUGCCUUCCAAAAGAAAAACUCGCUAGCUUCGCGAAGAUCCUCCACAGCCUCUGGUCACAACAGACAGACGCUCCUAACAAGCUCCAGAAGCUCAAGUGUAUCAGCAUCGUCAGAUAGUGGUGCCGCUGUAGUUGCAAGUGGGAAUAGCGUAGGUGGUGGUAGUACUGCUGGUGGUCCUCAAUUGCAACCGCCACGAUUGGAUAUAUUACGAACAAAGUCAUCUAAAAAAGCCAGUAAAGAGGCUCUAGCUGCUUCUAUUAUAGCAGCAAACUCUGGUCUAAGCACAGCGGCAUCUGACGAUUCAACAAAGGGAGGGCUAUUGUCAAACCUGAUCCCUCCAUCAACGACAUCAACAAAAGCAUCAGGAACAUCAGCUGCACCAAUGUCGAAAGGUGUAGGAUCGCAAAUACCCAGUCUUGUUGCUGCAAUAGAUCCUACCAAACUCCCAGCCUGGCUCAGUAGAUUAUCGACUCUGUCGAGUAAAGACGCUACAAAACUAUUGACAACAGCAUACGCCGAUAUUGAGCAUGAAGAACGAGACCGCAUAACCGAGGCUGUAACAUACAACACAUCGCAUAACGUAGCUGGUACAGGCGACGGAGGGCAUUCGCAUGGAUUUUGGGCUGCCGGUACAGCAGCCAAUUCAAGAAGAAAUAGAUAUACAGACAUAUUACCAUAUGACGGAAAUCGAUUCCGCUUACAAUACGCCACGCCGAGCUUAACAGCAUCAGGCCCAACCACAUCCGACUAUAUAAAUGCAUCACUAAUCCAACCCCUGUACUCUAAUCACAUGUAUAUUGCUACUCAAGGUCCACUGACCAAUACCAUUGGAGACUUUUGGAGGAUGAUAUGGGACUCUGGGUCACGUAUGAUUUUAAUGUUGACGACACUCGAAGAACGAGGACGUCCGAAAUGUGCUCGAUAUUGGCCAGAUCAAAUCGGGACUGCAUUACGAUUGGCUGAAGUAGGUGGUCUAGAUUUAGAAUAUGCUGCAGAACUCAACUUUACCGAGGUUUUGCCACGAUUAUCCAUAAAACGAUCGUCACCAGUACUGCUAAAUCAAAAUCUACAAGGAUCGACAUUAUCAGCUACCUCCGCUUCGUCCGCCUCUGCAUUUUCUCUGUCAAAAAGAAGGAGCGAUGCUAGCUUGACAGCUGCCGCUGCCUCGGAUAGUGGGGAUGAUUUGCGUGGAUUUGUACGUGUAUUUAGGCUGUCGGGUCGUGGUAAUGACGGAGUACUAGAGACUCGACGUAUCUAUCAAGUCCAUUUUACAGGUUGGCCUGAUCAUCGAGCAUCAUCCGCCGAAGCCGUACUACGACUUCGCGAGGUGGUAAAUAUAAUCGAGAAUGAAGAAAGGCUAGCAGCUAGCGGCAAGCCCAUGAAUACCGGUAGUCUCUCGGCAUUGGUGAAUUGGGAGGAAGUCGUAUCGGUAGCUAAACAACCCAUUGUAAAACGUUUUUCACAUCGUCGUGGUGCUUCAUCGACAUCCACGUUUGAAGGUGCUACCGCUGCUGCCAACUAUAGUAAUGGGAACAGUCUAGCCAGCAACAGUGGAGCAAGCAGCAACAAUAUCACUACCAAUAGUAACAACAACAAUGGGGCUAAGACAUCUUCCAAAAUAUCAUAUUCUACACCAAUAGGGCCGACAGUUGUGCAUUGCUCUGCAGGAUGUGGACGAACAGGGACGUAUAUAGCCAUUGAUUCUAUACUGGCUGGAUGGAAGGAGGCAUCUGAGUACCCCAUUGUGGAUUCAACAGCCGAGAAUCCUAUAGAUCCAAUCAUUGAAACGCUGAGGAAGCUGAGGGAGCAACGGGUCUCGAUGGUGCAGACGUUAGAGCAGUUUGCGCUUUGCUAUGAGGCUGUGCUUGUGAAGUUGUCUGAAUAA